CUUGAUUUCGCCCAUAAGCAAAUUAUUUUGAAUUUUAAAGUUUUUAUAGGUACUGUUUCAUACAUUUCCCAUCAAUAGCACCGCUUAUGUCAAAGUUUCUUUAGUCUAUGGCCGCUUAUUGAUUGGUCGACGAGGAGAUGUAAAAAAUGGCUGCCUUGCCUUCUCCUACUCAGGUAGAAAUAUUUGAGAUUUGAGUAGUUAAAAAAGCCGAAAUAAUAUAGUUUAGUAUUUUAAAGAACAGUUUGUUAAUGUGACUACAAUUUAGUGCAGUGAAAAUUAAUCAUACAAUGUGAAAACAUCGAAAAAUCCGAAGUCAAAGUUUAGUGUACCGUGAACGAUUACGCUACUCAAUUUUUUUAGAAUAUCUCCAGUUUAUCUAUUUGUUCUACAGUGUAGUUAUUUUCAAAUUGCUAAGUAAAGUUUAUGAUUAGUGUUUCCUGUCAAUUUUUUGGGUGUAUUGUGUUAUAAGACCACGUAAUCGUAUCCGUUUCGCGAAAGUUGGAAACGUCGUGAGGAUUAUUGAAAUGUCACACCCAUAGCCGUUCAAAAUAAGGUUCUGGAUCAUUAUUUUGUAGUGUUAUUACGUUAUGAAAAUGGGGUUUGAACGGUUGCAGGUGGCAGGGACCCACAGCGCUAUAUACGAAGCAUAUUAUCACCAGGUGGACCCCAAUGGCGCAGGCACAAUCCAGGCACUGGAUGCGGCUCGUUUUCUCAAAAAGUCCCGACUCAGCGAUGUGGUACUUAGCAAGAUAUGGGACCUGUCGGACCCAACCGGCAAGGGAUACUUGGACAAAGCAGGACUGUUCGUGGCGUUAAAGCUGGUGGCGCUGGCGCAGGCCGGCAAAGACAUCAACAUGAGCAACAUACACUCCGAGGCCCCGCCACCUAAAGUUGGCGAGCUCCCAAAGGUGCCCCCGACGCCGGCGCCGGGCCGGCCGGCCGCGCCGUCGCCCGCGCCGCUGAUACCGCUGAGCGACUGGAGCAUGAAGCCCGCCGAGCGCGACAAGUACAGCCAGCUCUUCGACUCGCUGCAGCCCAACAACGGCCUCAUCGCCGGCAACAAGGUGAAAGGCAUGCUGCUGGAGUCGAAGCUGCCGAUAGAGACGCUGGGCAAGAUCUGGGACCUCGCCGACCAGGACAAGGACGGCAUGCUCGACAGACACGAGUUCAUGGUGGCGAUGCACCUGGUGUACAAGGCGCUGGAGAAGCACGCCGUGCCCACGACGCUGCCGCCAGAGCUACGCGCGGGGGCGCGCCCUGCUCGGCCUCCCUCACGGCCCCCGUCCCGACCCCCUUCGCGGCCCCCAUCGCGUCCUCCCUCUCCGCAAUCCCGCCCCCCUCCCCCGCGCCCGCAACCCCCUCCGCCCCAACAGCCACAGUCAAAUGCUUCGUUGUUAGAGGGCCUCCUCGACUUGUCUAGUCCCCCCACACAGACGGCGCCCCCACUAAACAGCCUUAACACGUCGGGGAGUGGCGUGGGCAGUCUAGGCAGUAUGGGCGGUGUGGGCAGUGUGGGCAGUGUGGGCGGUGUGGGCAGUACGGGCACAACGUGGGUGGUGACGGACGCGGAGCGCGCGGUGUUCGACGCGCAGUUCGCGGCGGCCGACACGGACCGGGACGGGUUCGUGUCCGGGAACGAAAUCAAACACGUGUUCCUUGACUCUGGCCUGCCGCAGCAGACACUUGCACACAUAUGGGCGCUGUGCGACACGGAGGGCGCGGGCAAGCUGUCGAGCGCGCAGUUCGCGCUGGCCAUGUGGCUGCUGCAGCGCGCCGCGCGCGGGACGCCCCCCCCCGCCGUGCUGCCGCCCAACAUGAUACCGCCGCCGGCGCCGCCUAAGACAGAGCAGGCGGUGUCGCUGGGCCCGCAGCCGACCCCGGAGAUGGAGGCCAUCGCGCGCGAGGUGGACGCCCUCGCCCGCGAGCGGCUCGCGCUCGAGGCAGAGCUCGCCGCCAAGCAGAGGGACCUCACUGUCAAGACUGGGGAGGCCGACAGCUUGCAGAGCGAAUUGGACACAUUAACGGCCACAUUAAAACAAUUAGAAAAUCAAAAAGGUGAAGCACAAAAGAGAUUAAAUGACCUCAAAACACAGGUGGAGAAGUUGCGGUCGCAGGUGUCGGCGCAGGAGGCGGCGGCGGCCGAGACGGAGGCCGAGGUGGCCAGUCGCCGCGCCGCCGCGCAGACCCUCAAGGAGAAGGAACGCGCGCUGCAGGCCGACGUCGCCGAAGCCGAGGCCGAGGCCGAAGCCGUCACCGCCCAGCUGCGCCGCACUGUGCUCGCCGUCAGCCAGGCCAACAUAAAGAUCUCGCACCUGGAGGAGCAGUACCGGCUGAUCAGUACGGCGGCGGAGUCGCUGGCGGCGGGCGGCGCGGGCGGGGCAGCCAGUCUGCAGCUGCAGCCGCAGUUCUCGGCCGAGCAUCUGGAGCGGGUCGUACGCGGGGCCACGCCCAAUGACGCACUCGAAGACGAGCCGUUUGCGAAAAGCAACGGUUUUGGUGCGGGCGCCGGGUUCGAGUCGGACCCCUUCACGGAGGGAGCCUUCCCCGCCGCACUACCCGCGCACGAUCCCUUCGCACCCACGCAACCCAAGCACACACAGGACGGUUUCGCCACGGAUCCGUUCGCAUCGAACGCAGACCCCUUCGCUGGCGACGCGUUCUCUUCACACGACAAUACUGCUAAAGCUAAUAAUGACUUCUCGGAGGACCCGUUCGCAGUACUGCACGCUCCCCCGCGGGGGUCGUCCCCCGCCCCGGCCGCGACGACCCCCGCGCUGCCCCCCAAGCAGGGCAAGCUGCCCCCGCCGCGCCCCGCGCCGCCGCGACCCACGCCGCCCGCCAAGACCGAUCGCCCCGCCAUGGACUUCGCCGAUGACCCCUUCAAGGACUACCGAUACGAGGACCCCUUCAACAUUGAGGACCCCUUCGCCGACGUCGCCGACGGCAAAAAGCCUGAUCCCUUCGCCAGGCCCACUUCUGUCGCCGGCUUCGAAACUGACGACUUUUUUUCUGGCUCGAGCAAUGUCAAUGGCAAUUUCGCUCUGCCCGAAAAGCGGAGCGGGCGAGUGUCCGCGCCGCCCGUAGCCUACGACCCCUUCUCCAGCCGGUCAGACUACAAGCCCGCCAAGCCCGCGCCCCCCGCCAGCGCCAACAACAACAACUCUAGCGGUAGCGACGCCUGGGCAGCCUGGCCAAACGACAACUGGGCUACUGACGACGCUUGGGCUAAAGCUCCUGCGCAAAAAUCCGACGCUUGGAGUUCCGACGACACCGCUAAGAGGAAUACCAACACGGUCACCGGCGACUGGAAGACCGACAACUGGGCCAACAAGUCCGACAACUGGGCGGCCGACUGGUCCGGCGCCGACACCAACAGGAAUCUCAACGAGACCUGGCCCACCGCCAGCACGCUGCCUUCCAAGAAGGAGAAGUCUCCGCGGCCCGUGAAGUACGCCAAGUCCCUCGUGCACACCAUCGGCGGCAUCGGGCGCAGCAAGCAGAAGGACAAGGACAAGAAGAACAAGUCCAGCACCGAGCUGCACAGCAUGGACCUGCCCAGCGAGGAGCAGCAGUGGGCCUGGGCCGCCGCGGAGUCGCGUCGUCUGCAGGCCGAGCAGGAUGCGCGUCGCGCGCGGGAACAGGCCGACCUACAGCUCGCACUAGCUCUGUCGCGACAGGAACAUUAGCCGCACCACGUCGCGCCCACCUCCAUGUACGGGCCUACCGCCCACCUGUAAGGAAUGCCGGCAUAUAAUGAGUCUUGUGCACGCGACAUCUUGUUAGGCAUUCCUUACCAUUGUGAUUGCUUAGCGACUUAACGAAGCUGUCUGAGAAUAGCUGACGGUUGGGAAACUAUAUUGCAUCACAAAGACGACAGUCGCCAAUUCGAAUUUAACGGAACUAGAGAUUGUGUACAUACGUUUAAUGUUUCGCUCGUUGUAGUUAGUUAGAUCGUUGAGCAUUCCAUUCGAGGCGUGACACGGAGGUCAGCUCGCCUCCCGACCGGCGGAGGCUACCUCGUUGUGUAUAUUUUGAAGUUAUCAUGUAACUCAUUGUAAAUUAUUGAUAUUAUAUAGUUUCCUGUAUAUAAUGGUUAGUGUGAGAUGCUGACCCACGUUAAAGUAUUUUUGUAUGUGUUUAUCAAAACUCGAAGAGUAUUUUGAUUGGUUUUCGAUAUUUUUACGAACGUAGUAACAGGCAGGCGGCAUUUCAUAGGAAUAUGUUUUACAAAUUUGAUGUACGAUACGAGGUUUGUUUUAGGAAAGCUAUGAAGUAGCACCAGGUUUGAUUGGACACGUUGUGUUCCUCACUGCAGUGAGGGUGAGUUGUUGCGCAUGCGCCAUUGUGUACAGGUUACAUACAUUAUAUAGUUGGUUUGGUUAGCGGUCAGGGCACGGAGCUCGGAGUUCGACUCCGUAGUAUUUAAUUAAUCACAUGUUUAAUCAGGUCACAUGUGACCGACAUGCCAUGAUUAGCGCAUUUCCUGUUGAGCAGAGCUCCACUUGAAAAAAACUUGUUGUGUGAUUAAAUUUAACUAGUCAAAGCGCGCACUAAAUUAAUAUUUAUUAACAGCAAUAAAUACAAUCGCAUUAUUGGGGAACCAUAGUUUUAUUGUUUCAUUACUGACUGUACAAAUCAACUAAAUAAAAAACUACAAAAGUUUCACUAGUCAAUUUGAUUAUUGCAUGUUAGGGGCUCGAUCAAAGCGUGGGGCGUGGA